AUGACUCUCCUGAUGAAGGUGGCUCGUUCAGGCAAAGCGGAUCGCAUCGACCGGCUUUUGAAAGCCUUUCCCGACAUUGACCUCAAUGUCAAGACACCGGCUGGAGAUGGUGCGGUUCAUUUAGCUGCCCGCAAGGGCUGCAUACAAGGACAGCUGAGGGCCAUGUCACUGCUUCUCGACAAGGGCGCCGAAAACGACGAUCAUCUUCAGUACAUUCUGGAGCACAAUAAGCGAAGGAUUCAGGUGCAAGACACGGUCAAGCGUCUGGCAAAGUCCUUUCGCUCUGCUGAAAGGUUCCAGCUGAUCACUCGCGCCCGUGUACCACUCUUCAAGUUCCGGCAUAAAGAUGGGCUGGAUUGUGACGUGUCCGUCUCGAACCGUCUGGCCUUGUGCAACACACGAUUGCUAGAGGCAUACUGCCUGCUUGAUGAGCGAUAUCGGCCACUGGGGUAUUUUUUGAAAAAGUGGUGCAAGGCGGUUGGGCUGCAUGACGCAUCGCAAGGCGGCUUUUCAUCCUAUGCCAUGACCAUGAUGCUGCUUGCAUCCCUUCAACAAGCAUCGCCCCCAGUCCUGCCCUACUUGCAGCAGCUGGCAUCACCAGCCUGUCCCAAGCAACAGCGCUUGGUUGAUGGCUAUGAUGCCUACUUCUGUACCGACCUGCCUUAUGUGCAACAGACUUGGAGGCGUACCGAGGUUAACACACAAACGCUGGCUGAGCUUGUGGCUGGCUUUUUCGAUUUUUGUGCCACAUUCCCGUUUGAGAAGCGCGUCAUGCAAGUGCGCGAGGGCACAGUUUUGUUCAAAGCAGACAAAGAUUGGGAUGCCGACAUUAUUGCCGUCGAAGAUCCAUUUGAUCCGACGCACAAUUUGACGCGCACCGUCAGCGCACCAAGAACUUUUGACAAAUUCCUGCGCCUUUGCGCAAGUGGUUCGCGACUCGUGCGCACAUGCAUCGAAAACAAGGCUCCUUUGCCUGACCUGACUAGCCCAGACUGGCGGCGCGGUCCUGUUCAGAAGAAAACUGAGACCGAGUCCGAAUCUGAGACUGAUUCCGAUUCCGAUUCCGAGCCCGAGCUCGGGCUGGAGGUAGAAACAAGGAAUGCAAAAUAA